AUGGAGAGCUACGAGGACGACGACGACACCCACUUCUGCAUAAAGUGCCACCUGACGAUCAGCGGCCUCGAGAAUUACGUUCGGCAUCGACAGUCAGGAUGUCGGCCUCCGGAGGACAAGUCAGAAGUGGUCCACGACCCCCCAUCGACGCCAACGACGGUCUCGUAUCCGGAGAUCCUGAACGCCGACGCCUUCUUCAACUCCCUGGAGCUGCAGAGCAGCACCAAGACCAACGCCAGGAGGUCAGGAGCUUUGUCGGAGCGAGGGAAAAGAUCGGGACGUCUGGAGUCCCGGAAGAAGAGCAGGAAGGUCCAUGGAGAUCAGGAGGAUAUGUCGGGCAAGGAGAAGCUGUCGAACAUGAUGCCAGUCGUGACGGAUCUGGAUGACCCCACGGAUCAUUUGGUGAUCCCAUCUCUGGUGGGCUUCCCAGACAUCGUCACGUCGACCGGGAAGCCCAGCUCCUCCACGGUCACCAAAAGCCAAAUGCACGCCACCAUGAAGAUGGAGUCGACGAGCUAUCACGGAAAGUCCGAGGGCCUCCAGGAAGCUUCUCUGGAGAGCUUGAUGACCAAGCCGGAGAGAAAGCGCCACGAGGAGAGUCAGAGGAUGGAGCAGGAACAGGUGUGGCUAGAGGACACCAUUCUGGCGGAUUUGGUUACCGAGAACAAAGACAUGGCCCAUUCGAGUCUGGGGCGGUACUCCGAGUUCGAGUAUCAUCAGGAGGAGGACUCCGACGAGGAGAGUUUGGACGAGGAUCUAGUAGAUGACUCGUACUCCGAUACCGAUGAAGAGCAUCCCCCUAGGGGACACACCGGUGGCAAAUGGAAGCCGGGUCUUGGCAACAUCACUCAAGAGGUCAUGGCCCAAAUGGGCGAUGACGAUGGGGAUGCCGAUGACGACCACCAUGAGCACCCACCGCUGUCGCACACCGGGGGGAAGUGGAAGCCCACUGACGCUCAGACUCAAAAAGCCGAAGAGUACGAGGCACAAGAGUUACCUGGGCAGCCUCCACCUGGACACACGAGGGGGAAAUGGGUCCCUGGUGCUAGAAUCGACGCUGGCACAGGGUACUGGUGUGCACCCUGUGGGAGGAAACUGGCCUCCAAAUUGAUAUACAACAGACACUUGCUCUCCGACUUGCAUGCGAGGAGGAGCAUCCAGGAGAUAGAUGGAUCCCUUCAUCUGCCACGCGACUUGGGCAGCUUCCUUCAAAGGAAGUCUAGCCGACAUCAGAAGGCUUUGGCAUCGCGCAUUUUCCAGACUUCGAAAGCAGAGCCGAGAGAGGAGACUUCCAAGAGAACUCGCAAGAGGGAGAAGGAAAUCGUGUGGUGCGAGAUGUGUCACGCUCGAGUCAGGCGCCAGCAGAUGGGGAAGCAUCUUUUGUCGCACUACCACUGCAGGGUGGCCGGUUCCACCCCCUGCAGCCCAAAGUCGAAGAGGUUCCUGCUGGAGAACAUGGCGAACGUCGUGAGACAGUGUCCCUUUCAGUGUGCACCAUGUCGGUUCUACUGCAACACCGAGGACACCUUUCUGCUACACUGGCGGUCCCAAUUUCACGCUGACACCGUUGAUAAGAUCCGAGGGAGCUACAGGUGCACCCCUUGCGACUUCUGGUGCGCCAGCAACGCCGACAUGGAGGUCCAUCUCGAAAGCCAGGGUCACCGGGACUUAGCGUUCAUGAUGAACGGUUCCGUUCCUGUGGUGAUCCGUCGCGAGCAGGCCUUGGUUUGCCAAACUUGCGGUCGCCGUUUCCGGUACAACCUCCAGCUCUACUUGCACACCAAAGAAACCGGACACGAAAGCGUAACGGGGUCGGACGAGUAUCAGCAGAGGAUCGCCUGUCCCUUGUGUGGCCAAGUGGUUCGCUCCCUGGUAUCUCUCCAGCGUCAUCAACUAGCUUGCCAUAUUAGCCCCGACCACGAAAGAAAUGUCAACGAAACAGACCCACCGGCUCCCUACUUCUGCUCGUUCUGUUCCCUGAAUUUCUCCACGGCCCGAGAUGCCGUGCUUCAUCGUCGCACAUCGCGACACAAAGAAAUCAGGUCUAGGAAGUUCCAGAAAGGGUCGUUACAGUUCCGGGAGUGUCCACACUGUGGAGAGAAACAUUCGGAUUUGGCUUCCUACAAGGAACACCUACUUCAGACCCACACUGAACUUUGCCACAGGUGUCCACGUUGCGGACUCCUCUUCGCGCUGUCCCAGGAUGUCACAAGACACACGAAGGAAAACGAGUGCGCAGAAAAGGACCACCUUCCCCAGGACCUUUCCAGUGGCCUGGAGGAUACGUGGAGAUGCACCACGUGCCCCUUUGCGACCAACUCCCACUCGGAGCUGAUCUUCCACGAGGCCUUGCACACCGGUUACGUGGAGGUCGGCAAGGAUGAGUCGAGCGACAAGAUCUCGAAGAAGUACCGGUGCCCACUCUGCGAGAAGGAGUUCCCCAAAGUGUCUUUACGCAACCACAUCAGGAGCCACACGGGCGAGCGUCCUUUUCCCUGCAGCAAGUGCUACGCCUCCUUUUCUCGAAGGUCCGGUCUAAACGCUCACGAGAAGGACUGCGUGGGGAUCCCUCCAGGAUCGUCCCAGGAAGCGUUCCGGCGUCGGGAUUACGUCUGCUCGGAGUGCAAUCACGCCUUCUACACAAAGCACGCACUUCGUCAGCACAUGCUGCGCCAUGCCGGAAAAAAGUACAAAUGUGGACUUCCGGGAUGCCCCACCGUCCUCAGGACCGCCUCGGAGCUGAGGUCUCAUCGACUCCUGGUGCACGAGACCGCGACCACCGGCCGGAAGUAUCGGUGUGCCUCCUGUCCCUACGCAGCGAAGACGAGCACACAGCUCAGGAGGCAUAGAAGGAAGCACGAGGACUCUGAGGACCUGCAAGCCACUCCUCAGAGGAUCUGUCCAUAUCCGAACUGCGAAUUCAGGACGAAACUGGGCUCUCACCUGCGGCGCCACCUUCGCUGCCACACCGGCAACAAACCCUACAGGUGUCGCCACUGCUCCUACGCCAGCAAUAACUUGGAGAACCUCAGGAAGCACGUCCUCUCGACGAAUCUCCAUCCUGGGAAGAGCAUCUACGAGUGCAGCAGCUGCAUCUCCUCGGAACGGACUCCGUUCUGCACCAACUUCGCCAAGGAACUUCGCGCUCAUCUCCUGGAAGCUCAUCCCCAGGAGUUCCCGACCCCGGGUCAUGCCGCCAGACACGUAUCCAGGAUCUUCGACGUCGACGAGGCUGAUCCUGGGUCCUCCUAG